AUGUCAAGCCGCAGAUGGAACGUCCUCCCACCCUUCUCUUACACCCCCUCUCCCCACCGCUCCUGGCGCCACCCCAAAACCCUCCCCGACGAACCCGACGGCGAUACAGACUGGGCCGACGAUGACUCCCAGGCCGCCAGCUCUACCGUCAGCAGAACACCAAGCACAGGGCCGCCACGGAAAAAGCGUAAAACCAGAAAACACUUCUUCACACGCCCAAAAAGCUCAGCCAGCACAAGAGAGCCAACAUGGGAGCCGGAGGAGGAGGAUCCAGACAUGUUGGACAGUAUCACGGUCGCGGGAGGGUUCUUGAUUGUCGGGAAGGGGGCAAUCGAUCCAUUAUCCUCAUCACCGCCGCCCCCACCACCGCCAAAGAAGAAGGGGCCGGGAAGACCACCAGGGACACCGAAAACACCAGGAUCUACCGCAAAAAAGACAAAGGGGAAGACGAAGACCGCCAAAAAACCCACACCUUCCACAUCAACACGAAAAGGCCGCUCUGCCGCCAAUGCCGCCAAGCAAGUCUUGCCCGAACUUGGCCACCACGAGCCACCGCACCCACCUGCGAAAUCGCCAACCACAAAGCGCCCCGGCUCGUCCUCGGCGAACCGCGGACGGCGGGAAAGCCCAGCGCCGCGCACCGCCACACCACCGGCAUUGAACGCCCCCCACGCCCAAGAUGACCCAAUGCCCAGCCUCCGCAAUGAAAUCCCCUCCAGCGUCAUUGACUCCGACUCGGGCACCCAAACCCCGCCAAACGCACCAACACCAACCUCCACCGACCCCGCGCCCCCAGAACCGCCGCCUGCGCCCGCGUCUGUGACUUGGCCUACGGCGCUGACGCCCCCACCCCCGAAUCCGCACGUCAACGAGCUUGCUGCGCGGCUCACAUUCAACAUCUAUGCCUUCCCCGCGCUAAACCACCCGUGUUAUGUGUUAGGACAGGACCUACUCCCACCGCGCGACGAGCGCUCGUCGCCAUUGGCGGAUAUCUUCCCUGAUGCGGAAUCGCCGCCGCGGCAGGAGGUGAAGCCGUGCUAUGAGCGGCUGCGCUAUGUGGUGGGGAAAGAGAUGGGGCUGUUGCUGCCGGAGGCUGGCGCGGACCAGGAGUGGGGUAUAUUUGUGAAUUACCAUUUCCCGGUGCAGGAUCAGGAGCAGCUGGACGUGUGUAUGGCGCACUUGGUACACCACGGAAGACCGGUGCAUGACAUUGUGCUGUCGAAGAGGGGGAAUCCAGAAUUGUACCAGGCUGCGCUGGAGGAUGUGCGCAGCGAGGAUAGGGAUUUCUGGAAAGGACGGAGGGGGCAGAUGCCAGGUGCGAAGACGGGAGUGACCUUACUUCAACGAGGGGUGGGAAGGUCGAAGGCGAAAGCAAAGCCAAGGAAUAAGGUAAAGAAAAAAGGGAAGGAAAAGGAGCGGAAGGAGCCAGCGGGUAAGAAGCAGACUGCUGAGGAGGAUACGGAAAUGGAUAUGGGCCGAGAGAUUAGAGAUAGUAUGGAGCCUUCGCCUUCGCCUUCGGUGGUGGAGAGCAGAUUGAUAGAAGACGACGAAUCUACAACCAGCACACCAGCCCAAAUGUUCUCUACAAAAGUACAAAGGGUGGCAGCCCCCCCGCUCCCCAUGGCAAAGGAUAACGAAAAAGAAAACGAAUCACUACCGACCCCCGAAGAGACCACCGACUCUUCCCGGGCAGGGAAGAGGAAAAUAGGCGGAUACUCUUCAACGGCAUCUAUCAGCUUGGGGAACAACCGGAAUGAAAGCAAAUGGAGUAGCGCCCCCAAAGCAGAGACUUCGUCGUCGAGGCAGAAGGGUAAAGGUAAGGACGUGGACAUGUCAAGUUCGAAAGAAAGCACUGCAGUACCUGGCCCUGAGAGGAAGCGUAGAAAAACUAGUACCGAAUCGCCGCCCAGAGCGACGUUAAUUCCGGAGGCUUCUACAGGACCAAAAAAGCCGGAGGUGCCAGAAGAACCGGAGGUGCCAGAAGUGCCAAUGAACACCAAUAUCUCAGGAGAACCAGAAAUGUCAAUGGCGAUAGAUCUCACUGAGGAUCCAGAAGUCCCAGCGGAAACACAUACUCCUGAGGAUCCAGAGGUUCUAUCACAAACAGAGCCUACUGAGGGAAAAGAGUCACCAAACCAAACUAAACCACCGAAGGAAAUUGAACCUCCCAAGGAAACUCAGCUACCAAUAGAUAUUAAACCACAACCUGUACCAGAGGUUUCACAAGUUCCGCCAGUGCGAGCGGCAUCGGAGGUAGCGGACAGCAUAGCGUCUACGGAAACUCAAAGAACUCCAGAGAUUCAACAACCAACCGCCCCCGCAGACGCACCAAUUGUAGAACUUCCACAGAAAGCACCACUAGCAACAGAGGCACCUCAGGCAGUAGUAGAAACAAUCACCCCAGAGAUUCCAGUAAUUCUUGGGCAAUCUGAGGAACCAACUCCCAUGGAAACCGAAAUACCCGAGGAAACCGCCGAGGAGCCACCAAACGCCUUAGAGGAAGCAGCCGAGGAGCAACCUAAAGCCUUAGAUGGAGCAAAAAUACCCGAGCCCGAAGCCGGAGAAAACACAGUCACUACGACGGCUGAACAACUUUCACAAGAUGUUGUAGAUGAUGUCAGGGUUAGGGCUAGGGCACAAAAGCUUGUUACGAACGAGGAAGUGAAAGAAUUUCACAACUUAAAUCGUAACAGGCUUAUUGAGGCAGAGGCUAAGGAGAAGGAAGCGGGAGCUAUAGAGACUGUUGUAGAGGAGGGUGUGAAGGAGGGAGACGAGGAAACGCUUAAGGAUAAGGUUGUGAACAAUAAUGAGGGACCUGCAGCGAAAUGGGUUGUUGGCGAUGAGGCGGUAAUAGAGGAGCCUAAGUACGACAACAAUGAGGAGUCAUCGUUAAAAGAGCUGGAGAACGAUGUGGAUAUGGUGCCUACGAAGGAGCCCGAGGUUGCAAGCGGUGCGCAGGGCAGUGAGCAUGAGGACCCGGGGGAGACACCAGCAAAAUUAUCAGCAAGUGAGGGAGCAAGGCAAAGCACGCCACAACCGGAAGGAGAGCCAGUACUUGCAACGUCCUUGAACGCCGCCGUCGCUGCAGACCACACUGAAGAUGCACCAAAGGUUGACGUGCCACCACCACCGGCGGCAGUGGAGGAGCCACAAGUCUCAGCAUCCACUCCGCCCGUUGUAGUUGUAGACGCUGCUUCCGUAGUGGUAGUAGAGGGGAUAGAAGAUGCGCCGGCUAAAGCUCUCGAUGAUUCAGGUCAUGUCUCCGAAGCAGAUCCCCCGGCUCAGGCUUCAACCCCACCCCCACCCCCGCCCCUAGAAACUGUGCAUACAUCCAUGGAUACAUCAUCUCCCGAUCCAAACGACGAGGUAGAUAUGAUCAUGACCAACAAUGAUGCCGGUGAGUCAAUUGUUCAGCCAACGCUUCCAGAACAGGAUUUGAGCGCUGCAAAUACUGUCUCCGAGCAGGACUCAACCGUACCCAUGGAUAUCGAUGACGAGUCACGGCCACCAGUCAAUGAUGAAGUAUCAAAGGGAGAGGGCAAGGAAAUCCUAGAGACGACUGACACGCUAAAUGAAGAACAAGAACGGACUGUUCCGGAGCCUGCUACUAAUGAUGCUGAAGCUGAAGGGUCUAGUCCUGUGCAAACAUAUAGCCAGUCUGUGGAUAUUCAACAUGGAGCGUCUUUGUUACUUUGGGCCGCCGAGGUGCCAGCGGAGGAACUUAUCGCUGACACUCCUGUUCUCGAGAAGAACUCACCGUUGCCUGUGACCUUGCCUGUGCCUCCGGUUUCUGCACCUCCGGCCUCUGCACCAGCUGUCCAAAUUGCUGAGGAGCCACAAGUCUCUCAGCAACCGGACAAGGUUCACGAGGCCAUCGCGGUUACGGCCACUCCAAGUGUGAAGAGAAGGUCCAGAGCCAAGAACACAGCGUCAAAAGAUACUACCAAGCCACCUAAGGGAACGGCCAAGCCAAAAACCCCCAAGACCAAGCUUACCGGGAUACGAAGAGCGGCGAAGCGGUCACUUGUCGUUUCUCUGAAAAUGCGGAGAGCGGGGGGCGCACAGGAUGAAGGAACAUCACCCUCGCGCGCUGAGGAAUCGCAUCCCGAUGGUGCUGCUGUUGCUGCAAGUACAACUCGUACACCACCCCCGGCCACCCCGUCUAAUAAUUGGCUCCCGGCCCCGACAGGCUUCACCCCCGUCAACCCUCCCAACGCUCCCUCGCCAAUUCGCGUCUCACCUUCCACGCCCGCGCCGUUGCCCAGGCCACAACCGUACCGACGCCCAGAGCCGACGACCGCGCCCCGCCAGAUCGCAGCGAAGCCGGGGGGUGAAAGCCCAAAUCCAAGGUCCACAUCUUCAGCAGAGUUGCUUGCGGCGGCGCGGAAGCAAACUGGCCAGACGAAGAACGCAAAGUCCAAGGUCGCGGGUUCGAGAGUCGGAAGCGCGACCUCUACCCCCGAUUAUCCGAAUGCGCCUAUUCCGUCGCCUAUCGCGUCUCCGCACAGUCUCGGCCGACUUGCUACUAAUGCACGACGCAACCAGCCCUCGGAAAGUACACCUUCCCCGAACAGGCCAGUCCAGCAGCAGCCGCAGCUGGCGGUGGUGGCGCCGCCACCUGUGGAUGAGCCCAUCAUCCAGCAAGCCCCUGUUCCUGUUGUGGCCACCGCACGAAAUGUCUCACCACUUGCCAUAGAUAAGAACAAAGAGAUGCAGGUCCACCCUGUUCCAGAUGAUUCGCCCGCAGCAAGUUCGGCGCAAGUACUCGAGGUUCCGACCGCCCCAGCUGCAGUGCAGGUAACUCAGACACCUCUAAAUAAUUCGGGAAGACGCCUUGGAUCAAGCAAGCUCCGCGAAAUGCAAAUCAAUGACCCAAGUUCUAGUAAUACUACCCCUAUAAAUACCAAUCCAUUACCAGCGCAGCGGAUAGACCCCCAAGCAUCCCCCGCUGCGCGAGAACAGACUCCCGUUCCAACAACUAUGUCUAUCCCACCUAAUACUUCUCCAACAACUGCCGAAAAGGCCAUGGCAUCCACAAAGUCACCCGGGCUCUCGGUCGACGUGACCACCACAAGACAGUCCACCCCACUCUCGCUCCCGCCCGCACGGUCAACACUGACACCAGAGUACAUCGACUCCAAAAAGAUUCAACCUUUAGUCCCGAGGGAGAACUUCCUGUACUGGGAACCCUCCCUUGGGAAGGUCGGAGGUGCGGACAUUAAACAGCCCAUUGGUACUCUGUUGGGUGAGGCGAGUUCUGCAAGUGUCUCGCCGAUUCAUGCGUCGGCGUCGGGUUUGGUUACUAGUUUCCCGAUGUCGAUGGGACCUAAUAGACCGUUGUUCUCACAACCACCGCUGAGACCGUUAUCGCCUAUACGGGUUUCUCCUUCUCCUCCGCCGCAGCCAAACCCCCAGGUGCAAUCGCCGGUUCAACCCAAGCCACAACCUCAGGUACAGCAACAGGUACAACCGCAGGUAAAGCCGCAGAUACAACCACAGGUCCAAUCGCAGGUACAACCGCAGCCACAGCCUCAGGUACAACCACAGGCUCAAUUGCAGGAACCACCGCAAACACCACAGGCACAACCUGACGUCCAACCAGCACCUCCGCCACAGCCAGACCCUCCAGCCGUAGUCUCACCAGCCCCAGUUACAACCAAAGAAAUGAUCUUCCACAUCGCCCACUACGAAGGCAACGACCAGAAGAUCACUCUCCACGGCCGCGACUUCCUCUCCCCCGCCGGGUUCGAUUGGAAUAGGUUCGUGGGCGUGCUCAUGCAGAUGAUGAGUUUCAACGAUGUGCACGAAGCCCUGGUCGUCAAUCUGCAUCACCUGGUGGACGAUGGCAAGUCGCUGAACGAAGGGAUCCCGUUUUAUCGUAAGAUUAAUGAGGUGCUGAUUGCGAAGGUUGAUCCGGUGGGGAGGCCGCCGAAGGAGUUGUGGGAGAAGAUUAAGUGUGAGAGGAAGAAGUUGAGGGCGAGGUUUGAUGAGUGA